AUGGCAGAGGGCGGUGCGGCAGCGGCCCAGGCCUGGCGCCUGCUUGGGGCGGUGCUUAAGCCGCUGAUGUGGCGCAACACCAAGGGCGUGGUCGCGCAGGAGUUCCACCUGCCCGCCCGCUCCCUCAAGCCCACGUGGCUGCACUUCCAGCCAGGCGAGCGCGCCUUUUACGAGCAGGUGGUGGAGCAGACGCGCAAGGCACGGGAGGAGCUGCUCAGCUUCCGGCGCGGCCUGCAGCAGCCUGCGAGCGGCGACGAGGAGGAGCCCACCAGCCCCGCCGCCGCCCGCACGCGCCAGCGGCAGCAGGCCAAGCAGAGCGAGCGGCUGCAGCUUGCGGCGGUCGACAACCUGACGCAGGCGAGUGCCCUGCGACUGGCCUGUAUCCACCCACAGCUGACCAAGAGCUGGCGCGCCAUGGCAGCGGAGGGCCAGCUGGGGGUGGGCGCCACGCUGUCCAUGGAAGAGAUCAUGCAGAGGCUGGUGGAAACCGCCCAGUACGACCUGCAGGAGGCGGAGCGGUCGCUGUGUGCGCACCUCAACACGCUGGCCAUGCGACUGCUUGCCAAGGCGGAGGAGGCUGGCGGCGUCAGCCAGGCCAGGGGCGGUGCAGGACUGCCCAGCAGCCAGGCCAGGCAAGAUGAGGCGGUGGCGCAGGAUGAGGACGAGGAGCCUGCCAGCCCGCGGCCAGCCAAGCGUGCCCGCAAGAGCAGGGGCGGCGUGGAGGCGCUGAGCAGGGAGGAGCUGCUGGGCAGGGCGCUGCUGCUGCUGGAGCAGUCGUUUCGGGUGGCCGAAAAGGGCAUUGCAGCCAUUGACGUGGACAUGGAGGCACUGGAAGGCAUGCCAGACAUUGCGGCGGCCAGCACAAACACCGUCAACGCCUGGAAGCGGCUCCAGAUAAACACCGCCAGCCAGCUGGGCAAGCUGCAUGCCGCCGCAGGGCGGGAGGAGCAGGCGCGCAAGAUGGAUGCCGAUGACAAGGUGUCCUACCUGCGCAGCCAGGCGCAGAUGGAGCUGACGUCGGCGCAGCAGCGCCUGGAGCAGGUGCACGCGCAGGCGGAUGCGGCCCGCCAGGCCUUCCACCUGCACCUGGAGGCGGCCGCAGAGUAA